AUGGACUGGAAUACAAGACCAUCCCAGAACAAUGAUGCAAAGAAGAACCUACAAAGCGAAGGAGCAUGUUACACUCAGUUGUUUUCUAAUGCACAUGCUUUUCCUCAGACAAAUGCCUAUUUAUCUAAAAAUGCAUGCACUUAUGCCGGAAAUAACCAAAGGGCGUAUCUACCAACUAGUAAUGUUACCUUCCCUCCUGCAAAUGCUGAAGGAUUCAGAAGUUCAGAUCAGGCGUUACCAAGAGUAUCUGUAGCUGAUAAUGAUUUUUUAAAAUCUAAAUACGCAGUGGAUCGAAGCUCACUGUCCUUUGUACCAAUUGCUCCAAAACCAUCUAAUGGGUGGGCAGAGAUGUCUCAGACGUCUCAGGCUUCUUGGCCAAACUCUAAUGCCUACAUUUAUUCACAUAGAAAGGUACCUCCCCUGUCUUCUCAAAUGAACACUGGAAAUAACACGAGAAAUGUACUUCGAGAACCUCAAUAUGUCAUCACAAACAGUUACUCUGUACCACAGCAUAGUUCUAUGACAACUACAAUAUUAGGUCAAAGUAACAGUCAUUCCACAAAUAAUUCUGUGCCUCUUGGUAUAUCUGGGCAACAUGUUCAAACCCAAAUAUAUAAUCCCAACAAUCAGUUUAAAGUUUUACACUCAGUGAAUCAAAACACUGAAGCAAAUGUACCACUGCUACAAUACCUACCAAGUCAGAUGGCAUCGGAAGCUUCCAGCGGAUGUUCUGCACCAUCUUUUUUACCUGCCAACUGUGAUUCAAGAGCUGCAGUACAACCUUCAAUAGGUGUACCACAGGCGGGUCAAAAUGCACCCAAUGGAUACACCAUUAGCCAACAGAGGUGCCCGCCAGACCUAACAAAUGCUUCUGGUUUUAACAGUGUUCAGCAAAACUGUCAGAAACAGCAAUUUGGAGAAGUUAGUCAGUCAUUUAUGCAUGUCUCGAAUUCAAGUGGAAAUGUGACAGCACAUCACCCUUUUAAUGAAAUAUCUGUGCCAUCUCCUAACAUUUCCAAAGAACUGUAUGAUACAGUGCAAGAAACUCUUCCUUCAGUGGCUGUUUCAAAGCCACCGAGUGAUCCUGCUCAAGUUCAAGAAACUCAGACUAGUAAUUCAGUCAAUGGACCUGUUAAUUCUCAAAUUUCUUCAGUAGCAGCAGGUGGAAAAACACUUACAAGGCACAGACUAGCCUGGGAAGCUCAAAGGCUACUCGAUAUUAAAAAAAAAUUUGCCCUGCUUGAAAAGGUGCAUCGCUAUAGAAGAAGACUCUUAGCAGCCUCAGAACAUGACAGAAGCAUUCUGCCACUUCCUUCAAGUUAUAAAGAUACUCCUGAUAAUCAUCUUCCACAGGUACCUAACCAAAAUGUACCAUCUUCCCCAUCUGAAACAGCAAGGACAGAGAGUCUAGUACUUAACUCUUCGCCUGAACAGAGAAAUGGCAAAUAUGUAGCCAGCACUGAAAACAGAGGGUUAACGGUGACUCAGAGUAACCCUCAAGUGGAGCAGACAAGCCUUUCAUCAAGCUGUGCUUCUAUUCCUUCCCAGAGCAAACUCCCAGCUCAAUACAAUAAUCCUGAGAGCACUUCUAUCUCAGAACAAAGGGUUCCAUAUGCUUUGGCUUCUCAGAAAAAGGUGACAUCCUUGAACAGUGCUCCAUGUUUUAGUCAAGCAGAUAGCUCUAUCAAAAUUGCAUCAAAAAGUGUGCCAGCUAGCCCCAAGAACUCCUCAUUUUUUCAGUUUGUAUUGAGCAGCACAAAUGUAUUGAAAGAGAAGACAGCUGGUGCUACUGCCGAUAAAAUAUUGACUGAUCUCCUGUGUAGUGAAAAAUCAGUGGUAGAUACAUCUGUCUCUGGUGGAAGCUUAGUGGAAGGCACUAGUGAGAAAAAUGUAGAAGGUUUGAAAGGUGAGCAGGCAUUUACCGUUCACACAAACUCUUCUGUAUCAGAAAAAAGAGAAUCUGGUGAAGGUAAGCUCCAGAGUGAUGUAGCUCAGAGGAAGACCCCAUUCAGUGAAAAUACAUCUUUUAAUCAGAGCAAUUAUAGUUACUCUGUGGAAGAGCUAACUGCAUGUCUAGGCUUGUGGAGGAAGCAUCAGUCAGAACCUGCAAGUGUGCAGAACAGCCAGUCAAGUGAAAGUCUCACAGCAAAUCAGAUUUCAUCUUAUAGCCAAAACAACACAAAAACCAGAGGACAAAGUAAUACUCUGGUUAGUACAGCUGAAGCAGUUUUGCCUGUAACAGCAGCUUCUGUAGGACAAAAUAUUGAUACAUUGAGUUGCAAUUCAAUAAAAAGUUUCGAACUCCAAGUUGCGGUUGUCUCUCCUUUAGUACUUUCUGAGCAGAGAACACAGAGUGAUCAGGCAGACAGAUGUCCAACAUCUGCAGGUAAAACCUAUCCAGUGAUUGCCCCAGGAAGCACAUGUAGUUUGCAAAAGGAGGAGAAAAAUAGUUUAAGUGUGGUAAAUACCAAUGAAGAAACAACAGAAACUGUUGAAUUGUCACCCAGGGACUGUGUUCUGGUACAGAAAGUGGACUCACAUUUGCAACAGACCAAACCAGCUGAUGAGAACAGAAUAGUAAAAAACAGUGUGAGUGCAAAUAAUUCAUAUGAUGAAAAACAAAGGAAAGUUAAUCAGUCUGCACAAGAUGCCAGAGAAACUCCGCAGCUUGAAUUACGAAACAAGCCUUCUCUUCCUGAAUUGGAGACAAAUGUUUCUAGUCAAAUCUUUCAAGAAGGUAGAGGAGAUGGUAAAGACAAGGAAGCUGUGUUAGAAGAACAGACAUUUUGUAUUUCUAGCGUCUGUUCUCUUGUUGAAGGUGAUAUGUUUUAUAAUCCACAGAUAGCAAGUAUCUUCAGGUCAAUCCCUGAGGCACAUGCAUUGAAUGGUGCCUCAUCAGAAGGAAAUGCAUCUAACCCAAGGCAAAAGGAGCAACAGCUGGACUUGCAUCAAAAUGAGCUGAGCAGUAGGGCUCCCCAAAGAGAGAGUUUGCUGCAAAAGAUGUUGGAAGAAUCACCAAGUAGCAUGAGUAAAGUAAGUAAGAAUUUGGAUGGAAUCCCAACUGAUCAUUCGGAGAAAGAAUGCAGUAGCAAUCCUCAUAAAACAAUUUCUACCUCAGAACAGAAAAUGUCGUUCAAUGCCUCUUUUAAGCAUCCUGAAAAUGACUUUGAAAUUCUUGCUAGUAUAAACCAGGAAUUAGCUAAAAAUUCACUAGAUUUCUCAGUCAGCAUAAGUGCUGAAACAAAUGCAUCUACUGUUCCAAGAGUUAACAGUAAACAAAAUUACAUGUCCAGUAAAAAUUGCACUGAAAAAGACAGGACCCUUUUUGGAGCGGAACCAAUUAACUGUCUAAACAAUCAGCUGUCUGAACUAAUGAAAGAGUUUCCAUAUGGCAUUGUAGGUGCUGAUAUGCUAACAAAAGAACCACUACAAAAAGAUGCUCUGGCUGAGCAAACGGAGAAUCAACCUCAAAAAGAGAAUCCAACUUGUGAGAAGAGUUCUCCUUUGAAGGACCCAGUAGCUCAGAUAAAAAUUGCAGUGUUAAGCUCUGAUCAGAUGAAAGAAGUGUUUCCUGAACACAACCAGUGUUCCUCUAGUGACAGCAAGAGCCUAGAGUGUCAACAGUCGGUAGAAUCUUCAGCUGAGAAGGAGAACCUUGAAGGCAGUAUUCAACUGACUCAGAGUCCAUGUGAGAAGGAAGAAACAACACAAAACUCCUCGAACCCCACAAAUAAUAAGGAUUGUUCUUUAAUGGAUUUGCUGUCUGAAGCAGGUCAGAUGCCACAGAGCACCUCUACAUUUGCAACAUCUGUUUCAGAGAAAAAUUCUGAUCAGCUUUCCAAAGCUGAAAAUACUAGCACUGCAGAGAGACAAGAAAACAGCAGUGAAUCUGAUGCUGUAAUGAAGAACGACUGUGCAGUGGGAAACCUGCCAAUUCCUGAAAAAAUCCCAGACAGUGUCAGUGAAAAUAAAAAAGUUAUUUGCAAAGACACCUCUGUAACGAACAAAAAACCUAAGCUAAAGGUGAAUAAUAAACCAUUUACAACACAACAGGAAAAAAAGAAACCACUGAAUUUCUCUGGAAACCAUGAUGUUGACAAAUCUAAAAGGAGCAGCUGGAAGGAGGAGAUGCAGAUCAACGGUGGAGCCCCACUGUUAGGCAAAGAAUUUCAUUCUGACAAAAAAGAACAUCAGGCAGUAUCAGAAGAGUUGUCAGAGAAGGCUAGUUGUACAGAUGCAGACAGUACAACAAAAGCAUCCAAAAAGAAAAAGAGAGUUUUCAAAAUGGAAUCCCUUUCAAAAGAUAAAACCAAAACAAGUUUGACCAUGAAAUCCAAAACAGACAUUCACAAAUUUAUGAAGUCAGAAACUGUUGAAAUUAAACACACUGAUGUCAAUCAAGGACAAAAAGUUAAAACCUGUGAAGAGAACUCAGCUGAAGAACAGAGCUGCAGGAAACAAAAGGAGGUACUUGGGCAAGAGGUAGGAAUUAAAAUCAAAGAGAAAGCCAAAUUGUCAGCAGAAAUAAAACAUAAAAAGCUGCAUAGUUAUAAUGCUGAUGCUAUAAAAUUCCCAAAUGUUGGCACUAUUGACUUAAAGGCCAGAAAACACAAAUGUUCCCAGCAUAAAUCUAUGAAAGUUCAUUCUUCACAGGAGCAGUCACACAAGCGGAAGAGGAAGGAAAAUAUGAUCAGCAAGAGAGACCCUAAGAAAACAAAGGUGGAAGAGGAAAGACCAAAACAAUCUGAAGAAAAGAAUUCCAAGCAGCUUUCACAUCACUGCUUGUUAAAUACUGACAAAGCUAAAAAAUUGAAUGGAGAAAAUGGCUGGAAACCAAAGAGUUCGUUAGCAGAUCGCUCUGUGCUUAAACUACAGAGAAAAAGAGCUCGAUCUUCUACCAUGUCUAAAACCUACUUUUCUAACAAAGAGAGACGUCUUGAUGGUCAAAACAAAGACAAAUACACAGAGAAAACAUUUCCUGAUAAAAACCUGCUAUACUUAAAUAGAAGACAUAACAGAUUGAAAUUACACCUUCAAAAGGAGCCAAAAAAACACUACUUGAACAGAGUUGCAUUUAAACGUAUGGCACAGGAACGCAUAUAUCUGACAAAAUUGGAGACAUCACCUGUCCGGUCCACCUGGCAUAUGAAGCCCAAAGUGUCACAAAACAGCCCAGGUGCAAAAAGAGAUGCAUCUGUCUCAGAAGCUGAAAAAUCAUGCAAACAAGAAGUACUUGAAUUUAAGCUGUGUCCGGAGAUACUGUUCGGAAAUCCGACCACUGAUAAAGAAAGCUUAGCAGCAAAGGAUUCCCUGGAAAGAGAGAAAGCCACUGUGGCAGGUGUCAAGAGUAAAAAAGAAGAUUGGUUAAAGUAUGAUCCAGUGAAGCAAAAAAAGCUGGAUGGCAUCUCUACAGCUGAGGACAGUAUUCCACUUGAUAAAGCUAUACAGAUCCUGGAUGGAGAUGGUGAGGCUCUUCCCAUUCCAAUCAAAGACUCAAAAGAGAUGUUUCAGACCUACAGGAAAAUGUACCUGGAAAAAAAGAUGCAAAAGCCUUGA